AAUGUCAGCAGUUGGGUGUGACCUUUCAAUUAUUGUCUGGUCUUACUGGUGUAAUGGGAAAGGCUUUAGGACCCAGGGGACCUGUCAUUUGCACUGAUGAGCGGCUGUGAACAAUGGUUGUGUGAGUAGGUGAAGAGCCUGAGAAGUUUUGUCUUCUACACAAACGGUUGUUUUAAAUCUCUACAGCAGAGGUUCGAGUAGUGAUUUUAGAAGACAAGCCAGGUGUGCAGCAAACAGUUGUCUGCUGGAGAAGCGAUGGCGUCAUUUUGUGCCUGUGGGAUGCUCGUUUUCCUCGGUCUUUUCCUGAUUUCAUUUACACCACAUUGCAAUGGAGGAAACAUUCUUGUGGUUCCUGUAGAUGGCAGCCACUGGGUCAAUCUGAAAAUCCUGCUCGAAGAACUUCAUGCCAGGGGACACAACCUCACUGUAAUCAGGCCGUCUACCAGCUGGUACAUCUCUGAAAAGUCUGAUCUAUACACAUCCAUUACAGCUGAAAAAGAUGAAGAUCUUGAGCAUUUUUUAGAGGGGCCCGUAGAGGAAUGGAUCAGGAUACAAAGAGGACGAGCUUCACUGCUGAAUUCCUUGAAACUUGUAAAAAAUUUCCUUUCUGUGAUUUUUCAACUCCAUUCACUGUGGUCUGAGGUCAUAAACCAAAUCCUUGAUGAUCAAAAUAUGGUGAAAAGAUUAGCUUCCCAGUAUGAUCUGGUUCUAAUUGAUCCAGCCAUGCCAUCAGGGGCUGUUCUAGCCAAAUAUCUCAAGCUUCCCUUAGUGCUUUAUGUACGCUGGAUCCCUAGAGGGGAAGGCCACUUUGUGUUGGCCCCUUCACCACUUUCUUAUAUCCCGGUGCCAGGAUCUGGCUUGACAGACAAAAUGAGCUUUAUCCAGAGGAUCAAAAAUAUAUUUUUCUAUAUCUUUACAUUGUUCCAGCAGAAAUUCUUGGUGGGCCCAGUCUAUGAUGACAUGUGUGAUAAGUAUAUUGAGGGUGGAUGUGACAUCAUCUCAUUACUACAGGAAGCAGACAUUUGGCUGUUCAGGUCAGAUUUUGUGUUUGAAUUCCCUCGCCCCACUAUGCCAAAUGUUGUCUAUAUAGGAGGAUUUCAGUGCAAACCAGCUCAGCCUCUGCCAGCAGAGCUGGAGGAGUUUGUUCAGAGUGCCGGGCAGCAUGGAGUGAUCAUCAUGACUCUGGGAACUUAUGUCAAUGCUUUGCCCAAAGAGAUUGCAAAUGAAAUCGCCAGCGUCUUUGCUGAGAUGCCCCAGAAGGUGAUCUGGAGGCAUAAAGGAGACCGUCCCUCUACACUGGGAAACAACACUCUAUUAGUCGACUGGAUGCCACAGAAAGAUCUUCUGGGUCAUCCACAGACCAAAGUCUUUGUAGCUCAUGGAGGAACUAAUGGUGUCCAGGAGGCCAUUUACUAUGGGGUCCCUGUGCUCGGCAUACCCUUGUUCUUCGACCAGUAUGACAACCUUCUACGACUGCAGGAGAGAGGAGCUGCAAAGAUCAUUCAGCUAGUUGAUGUUAAUGGCCACAGUUUUGAGCAAGGUCUUAAGGAAGUGAUCCAUCAAGAGAGCUACAGGCAGAACAUUCAAAGACUGUCACGUCUGCACAGAGAUCAGCCAAUAACACCCAUGGAGCAGGCCGUCUUCUGGGUAGAGUAUGUGAUGCGCCACAAAGGGGCUCGUCACCUACGUACAGAGGCUUAUAAGAUGCCCUGGUACUCUUACUACUGUUUAGAUGUACUGUUCAUAUUGCUGUCUGUGGUCACUGCUCUGCUCCUCUCUGUUCUGUCUAUUUUUAGAUUUCUGUGUUGCAAAAGAGUAAGAAAGAUAAAAGCUAAACAAAGCUGAAUGAGCUGGGACAUUGCAAUCGUGUCCCUAGUUUUGUAGUUUCACUGCAAAACAUGCUAAUUAUGACUUGGUAUUUUUUUUCUUAAGUAAAGUGAUAAUAAAAAAACCUCUAGAACCCUAUUUUUGGAAAGAAGUUGCUAUUAAAUAAGAACAGAAUCUAAUGAUUUGAAGAGAAGAAAUGCAUUAAAUGUUUAAACUCUAAUUUCUACUGCAUGGAAAAAUAUUUUUUGGCUUUGAUGGCAAACUUAAAACAAAUUGGAAUGUAUUUAAAAACAGGCAUGAUUUUUGUCAUGGAAGACACUGCAUAGACCUGGGAACACUUUGGGAAAUCACUGACUGUUGUGGCAUUUCAACCAGUAACCCUUAAUACAGGAAGCUCUGGGACAGGCUCUCUGCUUGAAAAGGAACCGGGGAGGAGACUUGGCCAGCUCUAACUGCUUCUUAACCCUCAGGAUGUUGAUCCUGCUCUCUCUGAACGUGUGCCCGCAGGGCCCACUACUUAAGCGCUCCUCUCAGGCACACCUGUUAUUAGCAGCUCUCCUUUAAAUCUGUGCACUUGAUAACUAACUAGAUUUCAAUAGUGGUCUGGAAAAGUAGGCCCCAAGGAUCUGUUCAUUUUUAAGGCUAGAAUAACCUGCAAGAGCUCUCAGUGAUGUUAUAGUAAUAUGGUGGUUUUUACCUUUACUCUUUCACAAAAGGUAAAAAACCAAAUGUCUACAAUUUUAGACGUUCUGAAUGCAGAAUUGCUUAACGCAAUUUAGCAGGAGCAAAGCUGAAACCAAAUCAAACAAUCAUAUACUCAAGUGACUUUAAUUAUACUUACCUAAUUAACCUACUCUGAUCUAAUGCUGAUUUGUGAUACUGAUCUUGGACCAGAAACAGGAGGUUGGGCACAUUCAGAAUGAAGAUGCCCCUAAAGUCCAACAGGGAAACGGCAUGCCUUGGAAAUUCAAUCCCCAAGUAUGCAGUGAAAAUCCAAAUCUUAAAGUUCUUAUCCACAGGAAAACCAUUAAAAUCUUGGAAGCUGUAAUUCAGCAGGAAAACAAAAGAAAUCCAAAUCCUCUUGAAUUUAUAAUCAACACAGCAAAAAUAAGCAGAGAAAAAGCUGAAAAAUACAUAACCAAGUUGAUUGCUCUGGCAUCUCUACUAAAACGUUGAACUCUUAGGUUGAUUCUUCUGUACUGCUCAUAUCACAGGAGGCUAAGCGAUGAAUAAAUGAUCUCUUCUGCACAAAA